AUGGCUAAACUAAAGUCAAUCUUGCUUCUGCUUAUGGCGAUGGUGGUUGCAUCAAUGGAGUUCCAUCAAUCGGCGGCAACAGAGCAUGUCGUCGGCGAUUCCUUCGGGUGGAUCGUGCCACCAACUGAUGACUUCUACAUUAUUUGGUCACUGCACAAUGCCUUCACAGUCAAUGACGCGCUUAUCUUUAAUUUCGCCAACGGAUCUCAUACUGUUGCAGAAGUGACGAAGGAGGCGUAUCGGAACUGCGACGCCGGAAACCCUAUCUCGCUCCAUACCACCAGCCCCGCUAGAUUCACCAUAAACAACCCUAACAACCAUUUUUACAUCUGCACCAUAGGCCCACAUUGCAAUUCCCAUCAGAAAUUAGCGAUUAGGGUUGCCCCCACAGCUAACAACUCGUCUGCAUUGUUGCCGCAUUGA